GAGACCCAUCACCGCCACACGCCACCAGUGCUCGUCGAUGUCUGUAGGAGCACAGCUGGGCUAGGCGGGCUGAUAGCUACGUAUUUCACUGUGCUACAUUUACCGCACGAAUACAACCAUUUAUUGCGGAAUCUACCACUAUUUGAGUAACGCAGCUUUGUCACCAUGACUUGUUUCUGUCCUGAGUGCCACGGGAAUGUGCUGGUCCCGGAAUAAAAACUUAAUAUAGAACACUCGUGAGCUUGAAGCAAAUCUCGCGUUGAUAAGAAGACUGUUGCCGGUGCUGGUGCUGCCCCCUGUAUUGCGCUGUACCUGCCCAUCAAGCCACACACUGCCAGGAGGAUGGGGACUCUUAAUUAUAGGAUCGCGCCAUCAGCCUUCAGGCUCCCGCUGAUGCUGGCGACGUCUAUGCUGCUCGGGGGUUUCAUAGCCUUCGUCACCUUAAUACCUCCCUCACCUGACUUCCCCAGGAGGUACAGGGAGCCACUGAGACACGAAGAGAUGGAAGAAAUGGAGGAGAUGAUUCCCGAUUCUCCUUUAUCAGGCCACGACCCGCACGAGAUUCACCAUAUAGGCGAGGGAGUGGAGGCAGCGCGUCUGUACAAAAAAGUGCGUGUGGUGUGCUGGAUUAUGACGCGCCCGGAGACUCACAAGAAGAAGGCCAUGCAUGUCAAGGCCACGUGGGGGAAGCGGUGCAACAAACUGAUCUUCAUGAGUUCCCAGAAUGACACUGAACUGGGAGCGAUCGACCUGGGUGUGGGUGACGGGCGUGACCACCUCUGGGGGAAGACCAAGGCAGCCUUCAAGUAUUUGUACGACCAUCACCUCAACGACUACGACUGGUUCUUCAAGGCGGACGACGACACGUACACGAUUAUGGAGAAUAUGAGGUACAUGCUGUCCACCUAUGAUCCCUCCUUGCCUAUCUACUUCGGCUCCCGUUUCAAGAAGUUCACCAGGCAGGGAUACAUGAGCGGAGGAGGUGGAUACGUGCUGAGUCGAGAGGCCCUCAAGAUAUUUGUGGAGGUAGCGCUGACUGAUCCGAAGAAAUGCAAGGUGUCGUCACACACGGGAGCUGAGGAUGCAGAGAUGGGCAAGUGCUUAGCUAACGUGAACGUGAUGGCGGGGGACUCAAGGGACAGUCUUGGGCGUGGGCGCUUCUUCCCCUUCACACCCUCUACUCAUCUCAUGGGUGGCGUUCCAGAUUGGUAUCUAGAUUAUGUCUACUAUAAACCUGACACGGGUCUGGAGUGCUGCUCGGACACCGCCGUCACCUUCCACUACGUCGACACCAACAAAAUGUACAUGCUGGAGUAUCUGGUGUACCAUUUGAGACCCUACGGCAUUGCGCGCCACGACCCCUUCCCCGCGCCUCUCCCGCCUGACCGCAGGAGUGUGCCCAAGAAGGUUCUGGAGAAGAUGAACGAGACCAGUGUGAUUGUCAUGACUGAAGGGAAGGCGUAGUACGGGAGUCUGCUGCGAAAAGGUGCACUAGUCAACCCGCCACACCUAUGGACGCUGAUUGGGUUGUCUUUACCUUCUGAUUUAUCCUCUUGUCCUCUUUUAUUCAUGGUUGUUAAUGUUAAGCCCAUCAAUUUGUACCUGUUUUUCUUUCAUCUUUCCUUUUAUUUUUUGUGCAGCUGUGUGUGUUCCUUACGGCAGCACAACCUGUAUUGGAACUUUUCAUCUUUAAAGUUACCAGGUAUCCACUCUGAUUUCAAUGCAGCUCCGUGUAUAGGUGAAAAAUCCAUUAAACCUGCAAUAAUUCGAUGUGUAAAAGGUCUGCAGUCAGUUUUCUCUAUUCUGAACACAAGCAAUAAUCAUGUAUUUGAAGUACAGUUUGAAUGCAAUUGCGUGUUAAGAUAAUCCUGAUGAAUAACACCAAACUUGGAACUAUUCAAUAAGCGCUCGAUAUACCCUGCUUUCUACCGCGUCUUGCCCCCUCAAUGAUCCGCAGUGAAGGCAGCUUGGUGAGGGGAAGUGAAGGACACGGUAGAUGGGAAGCCGGAAGAUAUAGACUACCCUUAUUGCCUUAUGGUUAAUCUCUAUAAUAGCUGUCUUCCUGUCGCGGUUGCCAUGGUGAUGAACGUCAGUGCCUCGAGUAAGUAACAAGGUUUUUAUUCUUGUUUAGUCAUUUUGAUGUGAUAUACAACGUUCGGAAGCUACACAAAGCACCGAUGUUGUUGAUGUGUUGAGGAAUGUGUGAGUGAGAUCUCAGUUGAUUUUAAUUGUGAUUUGUGGUGUAUUUAAGAUUGCGCAUGUCUGUGUGUGUGUAUAUAUAACUUUUUUUUUUUUUGACAAGAAAGAUGAAAGCUACAUUU